AUGCACCGCACCGAGCACAAACCCCUCGUUCUCACUACUGGCGGCGCCGGUUUCAUCGGCAGCCACACUAUUGUAGAACUCCUCGAUGUUGGUUAUGAUACUGUCAUUCUGGACAACUUUUGCAAUGCCAGUAAAGGCUGCAUCGCGAACCUAGAGAAGGUAUGUGGUCAGAAACUCAAGGUCCGUAUCAUUGAUCUGCUGGAUAAGGAUGCUCUUACAUCCCUCUUUCACGAGUUCAAAUUUGACUAUGUCAUUCACUUCGCCGCGCUCAAAGCCGUGGGCGAGUCGGUGCAGAUUCCCCUUGAGUACUACCAAAACAACAUUACCGGCUUCGUCAAUUUGCUGCAGGUGAAGUUAGUCAUGCAUCUUUGCCUAGUGAUGGCAGCAAACAACGUAAAGAAACUGGUCUACUCAAGCUCCUGUACCGUCUACGGAGACCCCUCGAAGCUGCCUCUGACAGAAGAGACACCGACGGGCCAGUGUGCCAACCCCUACGGACGCACCAAGUAUAUUGGAGAGUUGAUUCUUGAGGAUCUGACCAGAUCGGACCCAGAGUGGUCGGUAAUCAAUCUUCGUUACUUCAAUCCUGUGGGUGCGCAUAAAUCGGGCCUCAUUGGGGAGGACGCGGGUCCCGCGCCAAAGAACAUCUUCCCCUGCCUCACCAAGACCGCCUAUGGUCGCAUGCAGGAGGUUGUCGUCUUCGGCAACGACUACAAGACCCCUGACGGCACUGGCAUUCGGGAUUACAUCCACGUGGUGGAUCUCGCUAAGGGGCACGUUUCAGCCGUGAAGUACCUCAGCAAAUUCACAGGCUGCAAGUCAUUCAACCUGGGCACAGGAAAGGGCUACUCAGUGAUGGAACUAAUCAAGGCCAUGGAGAAGGCGUCAGGAAAGCCCGUAAAGUACCGUUUCGAUGCUAGACGUGGGGGCGAUAUCGCUGUGGCCUACGCGGAUACCACUCUGGCCGAGAAAGAACUCGGCUGGAAAGCGGAGAAAGGCCUCCCGGAGAUGUGCGAGGACGCAUGGCGCUGGCAAUGCAACUUCCCCGACGGCUACCCAAAAGCCGCAAAAGGUGACAUGUGA